CACAGUUGUCGAAUAUAUCGCGAGACUAGAAGACGGAGCUCGCCGCUAACGCGUUGCGAGUGCCGAGCUACGAUCGAGUAUAAUAUGGACGCAACCAACAGUUCAACCAGUCUGUGCGUGUGCAAAAAAAAAGAUAAAACCACAUAGCCCCCAGUUUACAGUCGAUUCGUGAGUCCUAUUGUUGACUAGUUUGCGAGAGAUACUAAACAUUAAUAGACGGAGAUUGACGACAACAACUCUUUUGAACGCCGGCCAUGUAAUGCUAUUGACCCACAAUGAAACGAAAAUGGGAUCUCCGCACCAGUUCUUUGCAGCCCACUCAUCGCUUCAGUGCCAGUGAUCCAUCUACAAGACUUGAAUCAGAUGGUGAAGCACCUGGAGCGCCAACUACAUUGUAGAAUGCUAUCUAGGAUCACGUUUAACCGAUUAGCGGGGUAAUUUCCGAAGGUCCAGCAUUGAAAAUUAAAAAAACGAUCGUUCAGUUCUGUAGAUUUUUAUUGUUGUGCUAUACUGGCGAAAAACAACAAACAAAUUCCUCUAGCGGACCGGACAUUGCAUAUAAACCGUGAGCUACUGUGGUGAAAAUAUGUAUUCGUUAAGCCGCCGCGUACUCAUCAUGUUGACUGGAAGCGUAGUCAUUUCGUUACUGAUCGUGGUUACCAUCUACGGAGUUAACAGUGCUCCUACGACUACCAAAAAGUCGGUUGAAGUUUCCGAUCAGUUGGCAGGUAAUAGUGAUUUGGAAAAGGCAGCCAAAGAUUACGAGCUGAAGCAAGUGCACGUGGUUUUCCGCCAUGGUCAACGAACACCUGCCGACACUUAUCCCAAUGAUCCUUUAGCAAACCAAACCUUCGCCCCUUAUGGUUGGGGUCAACUAACGAAUUUCGGCAAACGAAGCCUCUACGACAUUGGAUCAUGGUUACGCAAUCGUUACGGAGAGCUACUGGGAAAGUUGUACUCUUCAGACACAAUCUAUGCCCAAAGUACUGGUGUUUCAAGGACCCAAAUGUCCAUCGAAUUGGUUCUGGCGUCCCUCUAUCCCCCGGUCGGCACUUCCCAAGAAUGGAAUAAGGAUCUCAACUGGCAACCGAUCCCAUACUUCAGCGAACCUCUGGAGCAGGACACGUUAUUGCUGGUUCGGACAUCGUGUCCUCGUUACCAUGAAGCUCUAAUGGAAGUCAUGAAAAGCGCCGCAGUUCAGAAAAUUAUGAAUGAAAGUCGAGAAUUGUUCGGUAAUCUUACUACCAUAACUGGAAUGGACAUUAAAACUCCAGACGAUGUCCAAUCGCUCUACAGCACUUUGAAAGCACAGACCGAAUUUGGACUAUCUUUACCUGACUGGACAAAGACCUACUAUCCAGAUAAGCUUCUUCCUUUGACCAGUCUGAGCUACGUAUUGAAUAUCUACAACGAUGAACUGAAAAGGUUGAAGGGUGGACCAUUUCUAAAGAAAACCUUCUCCGAGUGGGAUGCCGUUAUAUCCUCCGAUAAGUCAAAUUCUUCCAAGAACAAGAAAAUGUUUAUCUACGCGGGACAUGAUUCUACUGUGGUCAACAUCCUUGCAGCAUUAAAUGUGUGGAAGGAGCAAAUUCCCGGCUAUGCCAUCAUGGCACUGAUGGAACUGUACAAACACCGGCGGACGGACGAAUACUCAGUAAGGAUUUAUCAAAAAAACGUCGGAGAGUCACCGAUUAGUUUGACAAUUCCUGGCUGCAGUGAAUACUGCCCAGUGAAAAAAAUUAAAACCCUGCUCAAUAACCAUGUGCCGAUUGACAUGAGCGGACACUGUAAGGCGCAUGCUGCCGGCUUCGAGGAGCCACCACCCAGUGGACCCUGAAUACAUGCGCGAAUAUUUAUUAUAAUUUAAGGAUAGGCUAAAAUUUGAAUGUGAUGCUAUAUGAAUAUAUAAAUUGUUAUUUUGGAGAUAAAAUUUUUUAAAUAUUAACUUUUGUACAUCCAAAAAUAGUGAAAUCCUA